AUGCGGGCGGGCGGACGGACGAUGCUCGUGGUGCUGCUGAGCCGCUGCCUCGUGCUGGGACCGGCACCGGCCGCGGGGCAGCUCGGGCCCUACUGUAGGAAUGCUGUCCCUGCCGCCCCGCUGCUGGUCACCAACUCCAGUGCUGUCACCGUCCUGUUCAACAGCACCAGUCACCGCUCAGGACGGGGCCUCCUCCUGUCCUAUGCCAGCUCGCAGCACCCAGACCUGAUCUCCUGUUUGGUCAGAGGUACCCACUUCUCCCAGGAGCACGUCAGCGUGUACUGCCCUGCUGGCUGCAAGGACAUCGAGGGGGACAUCUGGGGCAACACGAAGGACGGCUACCGGGAUACCUCAGUGCUGUGCAAGGCAGCUGUGCACGCUGGUGUGGUCGCUGAUGAGGUGGGUGGGCAGGUCACCCUGUCCCGUGUGAAGGGGAUCACGCUCUAUGAGUCGGCCUUUGCCAACGGGCUGCACUCCAAAAGGGGCUCACUCUCUGAGAAGCGUCUCCUAUUCCACAAAGCCUGCGGCGAUGCUCUGGAGGUGGCCGCCUUCAACGCCUCAUCCUGGUGGCAGGAGGUGGAUGCAGUGGGGCAGGAGCGGAGCUGGGCAGCUGAGCGGGCAGCGCUGGGCACCCCCAGCCCCUCCUGGGCAGCAGAACCCGGCACCGACACCGCCUGGCUGGAACUGGACCUGGGGACCCGCAGGAACAUCACAGGGAUCAUCACAAAGGGAUCUGCUGAGAUAUAUGACUUCUAUGUGACGUCCUACCGGGUGUCCUCCAGCCGGGAUGGGAAGAACUGGAGACCCUACAAGGGCAGCAGCGGCCGGGAGGACAAGGUCUUUGAAGGGAACGUGGACAGCCUCGGGGAGGUCUCCAACGCCUUCAUCCCCCCCAUCACAACCCGCUACCUGCGCAUCACACCCCACAGCUGGCACCAACGCGCUGCCAUGAAGGUGGCCCUGCUGGGCUGCCAGAUGGCACGUGUCCGUGCAGCACGGCCCUAUGUGCCCAGCAUCCCAAAGGAGAUCCCCAUCCACAUCCCCAUCCCCACCAGCCGCCCUCCUGGCCGCACACCCAUCCCUGGCAUUGCCCUGGACCCUGAGAAGGCAGACUCCACGCUGCUGGUGAUGCUGCUCAUCGGUGUCUUUGUCCUCCUCUGCUCCAGCUUCCUGCUGCUGGCUUUCCUCUGCCACAAGAGGAGGAAGCCGACCACCAAGCUGAACUGCGGGCUCCCAAAAGGGCAACCCAAGCAGGAGAUGAGCCAGGUGUGCUCCCUGGGGAGCCUGCCAGCCCCCAGAUCCACGCUGCCCUCCUUCCCUGUGGCGCUGGGGGACCUCAGCCAAACCCACUCACCAGACUAUGCUGAGCCAGACGUGGUGCAGCUGAGCCCCAGCAGCCAGUUGGGCUCGUCCACCUUCAAACCCCCCCCAGAUGAAGGCUAUACCUUACCACUGGUCGUCAGCCAUUACGACGUGCCAGGUAAACACCACGAAUACGCGGAGCCUCUUCCUCCAGAACCCGAAUACGCCACACCAUUCGGUGAGCCCGAACCCAGCGGCACCCGAUGGACCCACAGCGACCCCAAAUGGACCCGCACCGACCCCAAAUGGACCCGCACCGACCCCAGCCGUGCCGGCUCUCCAUCCUCCCCCCCAUCACGGUACGUUGCCCCCCCUCUGCAGCCCCCUGUGCUGGGCUCAGCCCCACCCGGUGCAGAGCGGACUGCUGGCCCCAAUGGGGGUGAGGAGGUCGGUGCGGAUGGACCCGGCUCAGAUGAGCCCACAGACUGUCCCUGCUCACACGUGUACCACGAGGCCUGGUGAGGCUGCACAUACAGCUGGAGGCCUUCGUUGUGUGGGGGGGCACAGAGGGGUUUUAUAAGGAAAUGUGCACUAAUAUUUAAAUAUAUCCAUAUCUAUAUAUACAUA